CCCUUUCCUCUUCCUAAACAACCCAACAAAACCAAACACAACUUCACCAUUUCCAAAACUGAAACAUCAUUUGCUACAAACACCACAACACACCAGUUAUGUCUUGCAACGCUGCUUGGAGCCGAGAAGAAGACAAGGCCUUCGAGAACGCAAUAGCUUUGCAUUGGAUCGAGGACGACGAGGAAGGUUCAUGGGACAAGAUUGCUUCUUUGGUUCCAACCAAGAGCAUGGAGGAGUUGAAACGACACUACCAAAUGUUAGUUGACGAUGUGGGUGCAAUCGAGUCUGGUAAUAUUCCUGUUCCUAUUUAUGGUGGGGAUGAAGCAGCUACCACAUCUGUGAGCAGCACUGCUCGUGCUUCUUCUUCUAGUGCUUCUGAUAAGAGAUUGAGUAGCAGCCAUGGAAAUAAUGGAGGUGGGUUUUCGGCUUUGGGUCAUGACUCUUCUGGCCAUGGAAGUAAAGGAGGGUCCAGGUCAGAACAAGAAAGAAAGAAAGGGAUCCCAUGGACUGAAGAAGAACACAGGUUAUUUCUACUUGGUCUUGACAAGUUUGGCAAGGGAGAUUGGAGAAGCAUUUCAAGGAACUUUGUCAUUUCCAGGACCCCUACACAAGUGGCCAGUCAUGCGCAGAAGUACUUCAUUCGCUUGAACUCGAUGAAUCGAGACAGGAGAAGGUCGAGUAUCCAUGACAUUACUAGUGUCAACAAUGGUGGAGAUGUCCCAAAUCAUCAGGUACCAAUUACAGGGCAACAGAGCAAUGCUUAUGCCCCAGGUGCAGCCGCGAUAGGACCACCAUCGGUGAAGCAUAGGCCUCAUCAGCCGCAUAUGGCGGGUUUAGGCAUGUAUGGAGCGCCGAUGGGGCACCCGGUAUCUGCUCCUCCGGGGCAUAUGGCAUCCGCGGUUGGCACGCCUGUCAUGCUUCCUCCAGGACACCAUCCCCAUCACGCCCAUCCUCCCCCAUAUGUUGUUCCAGUUGCUUACCCAAUGGCACAUCCCACAAUGCACCAAUAACAACAGUUCUAGUAGGAUUUCAGAUUUUUAGUGGUUUUCAAAGGGAAUAAAAUUACAUAGCAGAGCAGAAUCAAGAGAACUGGAUUCACUUUCCUACAGCAUUGAUAUCUAUUCUAAUCAUGUUUUUCAUAGAACAUUUCCGAAUUCAAAGUUGAAUUCAUUUU